GCGGACACAUUCCUCUGUCCUCCCCCAGGACUCACUGACUGACGGGGGGAGGAGAGGGGAGGAGGAGUAGGAGGAGGAGGAGGGAGGCUGCUGCUGCUGCUGCUGUGCGCAUUUAAUUAGUGAGGAGGAAGAAGAAGAAGCGGCAGGACGGGACGGGACAGCGCACCGCCCCCUCCACACUGCCCCGGGCUCCGGCUACACUCACAGCCGACACAGAGAACCGCAGCUCGGCCGUUUGGAGCUUUGACGCAGCGGAGGAAACGUUUACGCACAGAGUUGUUGCUGUUGAGCGCGUUGGAAAGGAUUUAUCUCACUCUGCUGGAUGGUUUAAAGCUUUUCAUUUUAUAGUUUGUGUUUUUCAGCGGAGGAGUUUCGCUCACAGUUUUGGAUCGUCUAAGCAGAGUCCUGUCAACUCGUAACUCUGCGGAAGAACGCGUCAUUAACGUGACCCGCACGGUGCGUUUUCCUGCCGCGUCCCGCUCCGUGAGUGAUGAUUGAUUUGGAAAUGUCAGCGCCGCCGCUGCGCGCUGCUCCGCACACUCCAUCAUCCCGGCGGGGCUGAGGGAAAGUAAGAAACCACCUGUUGUGGAAGUUUCCUGGAGCUUCUCACGGAUAAACCCGAGCUGCUGAAACCAGACUCCGGACUGAGCCGAGUGGAGACGCGCAGGCAGCGGAAUGCGGCUUUUACGCACGGAGCAGACGCAGUUUCUGAGAAGAGGCUCCUCUCUAAUGAGUGAUAAUCUGCACUGCCGUGUCUCCACGCUUCGUGUUGUGUGUUUGCAGUGAGCAUGUUGCCAUGGUGUCCCGGGCUCAGAUGAGCCGGACGGUGGAGCUCCGGUCGGGAUGGCUCGGGAGGACGCGGUGAGGUGUCUGCGCUGUCUGCUCUACGCGCUCAACCUGCUGUUCUGGCUGAUGUCAGCAUGUGUGCUGGGAGUGGCCGCCUGGAUCAGAGACUCUCUGAACACCGUCCUGACCCUGACAGCCCACACCAGGUUGGAGGAAGCAGCCGUCCUCACAUAUUCUCCAGCUGUUCAUCCCGUCAUCAUCGCCGUGUGCUGUUUCCUCAUCAUCGUGGCCAUGGUUGGAUACUGCGGCACGCUCAGAUGCAACCUGCUGCUGCUGUCCUGGUAUUUCUGCAGUCUGCUGGUGAUCUUCUGCGUGGAGCUGGCGAGCGCCGUGUGGACCUACGACGAGCCGUCGGUGCAGCGCUCUGAUAUGAUCAGCCUGAAGUCUCGGAUGCCAAACUUCGGCCUGCAGCGUUACCAGUGGCUCACACAUACCUGGAACAGCUUCCAGACCGAGUUUAAGUGCUGCGGCGUGAUCUACUUCACUGAUUGGCUGGAGAUGACAGAGAUGGAGUGGCCACCUGACUCCUGCUGCUCCAAUCAGUAUCCAGGAUGUGCUCGCCACGCCCACUACCACGACCUCAGCGACCUGCACCAAGAGGGCUGCGGUCCGAAGAUCUACAGCUUCAUUCGAGGGACGAAGCAGCUGCAGGCGCUGCGUUUCCUGGGCGUGUCCAUCGGCGUGGCUCAGAUCCUGGCCAUGGCGCUCACCCUCACGCUGCUGUGGGCACUUUACUAUGGCCGAAAGUCGCCAGAGCUGGACACCACGGUGGCGGCUCCGGACGACUCCACCCCCCUCACAGUGACACACAGACCUUCAGCUGAAGCUCCACAGUCAGGCUGCAGCCGCACUAACAAGAGCUGUGCCGUGAUGACGAGCACCGCCGCCGCCAAGCCCAGUGAACUCCAGUUUGAGAUGGAGCGGCUGUCGUAGCAGACGGCGUCACGCUGCAGCCUGAACGCAUCCGAGGAUUUAAAGUCUUAUUUUAUCAGUUUAUUCAUCAGUUCUGUCAGAAAUCUGAACGUUUGACUCCAUGAGGUCACAACUGACAUCUGAUCACACGGACAACUGCUCUGCAUGAUCCCAGACACAAACUCUGCGUCUUCACGUAUCUACACAGGCUCCUCACAAACUGUUCGUAUGUUUUUCCUAUGAAAAACAAAAUUCAAACAAAUCCCGCACGAUCACGAGCCAGUAAGACUCGUCUAUGCUUCAUGUUAGAGAGGGAUGGAGCCUUCUGUCAGUACUCUGUGUAGAGUAGAACCCCUGCAGAUCAUGGAGGUGGUGUAUUGUGGUACAAGUAAGAAACGACCGUAGGAGACGAACAAGAUAUUUAAAUAGUGGCACAACGGAACAAAUUAGGAAUAUAAAAUAAUAUAUAGUGAAAAGAAUUCGCCAUCAACACGUCGUGAUGUAUUUAACAACCUCACAGACCACCACCGUCUACAGCACUACCUCUGUUUGAAGGUACAUGACCACGAGCUCCUCCACCGUCACCUCAUUUGUUGUUGUGCGAAACUUUUGACUCCGUCCUCUAGUGCCGUCCUCUACUCCGGAGUCAUCGAAUACCAGCGCUUGGUCAGUGACUUCCAGCGUCAGACACUGAUGGAAAAAGCCGUCCUUUGAUGUCAGCAUGAUACAUGGCUAAACAUAACCACGUGUGUGUGUCAGCUAAACGUAACCACGUGUGUGUGUUGGCUAAACGUAACCACGUGUGUGUGUCGGCUAAACGUAACCACGUGUGUGUGUCGGCUAAACGUAACCACGUGUGUGUGUUGGCUAAACGUAACCACGUGUGUGUGUCGGCUAAACGUAACCACGUGUGUGUGUUGGCUAAAAAUAACCACGUGUGUGUCGGCUAAACGUAACUACGUGUGUGUGUUGGCUAAACAUAACCACAUGUGUGUAUUGGCUAAACGUAACCACGUGUGUGUGUCGGCUAAACGUAACCACGUGUGUGUCAGCUAAACGUAACCACGUGUGUGUGUUGGCUAAACAUAACCACGUGUGUUUGUCGGCUAAAAAUAACCACGUGUGUGUGUUGGCUAAACGUAACCACGUGUGUGUGUUGGCUAAACGUAACCACGUGUGUGUGUUGGCUAAAAAUAACCACGUGUGUGUGUUGGCUAAACGUAACCACGUGUGUUUGUCGGCUAAAUGUAACCACGUGCGUGUGUUGGCUAAACGUAACUACGUGUGUGUGUUGGCUAAAAGUAAUGAUGUGUGUGAGGGCGGUGACAUUUACAGCAUUUGAAAAAGACGUAACUAUUUUCGUACGUAACAGGAGAAUAAAUGAGUAUUAAUUCGUGCAUAACCCAUGUGUUUGGAAAAGCUACCAUCACAUGACCAAAAGGCCGACGCUAGUAAAGAAGGAAGUGGUCGUAUGAGGCGGCAGGUUGAGGUGGUGUGUUACAAAGCACAGGACUUUCCUUCAGGGGAGCAGUGUUUGGAAACAUGUGAACUUAAAGUAAUUUUAAGGUUCAUCAUCACCGUGUUUCCUAAACCUAACAUCCGUAACUUUACGUUAAGUACGUAACUUUUUCUAGUGUCCAUCCGAUAUUUAGUAGGACGUCUUAUGAACGGUUGUGUGAGGACACGCUGAUCCAGGACCCAACAUGACUCAAUAACUUAAGAGUUAUAUUUUAGCUUUAUGUGACGCGUGACUGAGCGUUUGUUUCCGUCCUGUCUGAUUGGUGGUUCUUUAUUCAGUGAUGUCACUGUGAUGUCAGAUAUGAACUCGACGAGUUGUACUACGAUUACUGACAGAACUGAUGACUGAGUUCACGAACAGUUGAGUUCACUGCAGAUAUGAGGACAGCAGUGAUGAUGAGGAGGCACAGAGCGAAGACUGUUAAUGAACUCUGACCUUUGACCCCUGAGCGGGUCCUGUCAUAGACCCUGAUGGACUCUGGUCCAUCUGUUUGGUACUUUGUGGUUUGUCACUGGACGAGAACAUGAACUGAAGCACUGAUGGAAACAACCACUGUCUGAGGGACGUCUUCUCUUCGGGUUCAGACACAGAAUCAUCUCCAUGUCGACUGAACUGUAAAGACGCGAGUCGCUGCUGUCGGGUGUCAAGUCGUGUCAGAAGAGACGAGCUCACGUGUUUUUCAGAGUGUCAGGUUGUAUUUGAGAAAAUGUGCAUGGUGUUAUAUUUAAUGAUGUUUGAUCGUUUUCUCUCUGCAAUAAACAUUAAAGCAGGAUCUGUCUGUACGACGAA